UGCCCCUUAUGCACGUCCAACCGCCACCUAUAUAUCUUGCCAUCCCCCAAUGCAGGUCAUCAGUCAUCGCUUGUCAUUUGUGGAGUGGAGCCGGUUAAAGAAACUUCAACAAAUUGAAGAAAUCAACGGUCACGAUGCGCCCUCACUGCCUCCUCAUCCUCGCCCUCGUCCUCCUUCCUCCGGUGGCCGCUGCCGCGGACCGACGGGGUCUUAUAACCGGCGGUUGGCAGCCCAUAAAGAACAUGAGCGACCCCCAUGUGAAAGAGAUCGCAGAGUUCGCGGUGUCGGAGUACACCAAGCAAGCCCAAGGCCAGAACAAGUUGGUGUUUGAGAGCGUCGUCCGGGGCGACAGUCAGGUGGUGGCGGGCAUCAACUACCGGCUUGUCAUUUCCGCAAAAAACGAGUCGGUGGUUGACCCCGCUGUUGACGAUUAUGAGGGUAUUGUGUGGGAGAAGGCUUGGGAGCAUUUCAGGCAAUUGAUCUCAUUUCAUCAAUUGUAAAAAACAAACUAAUUAUAUGGAGAUUAUGAUAAUUUCGUAUUUUAAUCGUUGUCUUUAAUAUGCUCUACUGUACUCUGGAUUGCUUGAAGCUAUCAUCACCUUCCAUUAUAAUAAAGAAAUUGAAUGAAUAAUUGAUGUUUAAUUCUUAA